GAAAGUGGUAAUUGGCAGGGUGGGGCUUAGCUGCCUGCGCAGAGGCCAGUUGUGUUUCAGUGGUUGGAGGGAAGGCAGGAUGCUGACGGCUUUGGGCCUUGUUGUUUUGUGGGCUAAUUUGUGGUUGUCCUCAGCUGCAGAGAAGUAUUCUGUUCAAGAGAUACUGAAUGAAGUUGACAGAGUUGGGCAUGCAGCAGUGGAGCUAACGGACUCUGAAAUGCAGCAAGAUUUUCUGCUGAUCCGAGAGAAAAUCAAAAAGAAGAUUGAAAGGUCUCAGUUGGACCAGGACCAACUUGUGGCAGCAAAUGAACUUUUGGCCUUCAUCUUGAGAAAAAUGAGAGAGGGCAAAAUAAACCUAUUUCAGAUCAAGUAUUUUAUCAAAUUUGCUCAAAGUGACAAACUAGAUAAACUUCUGGCCACAUGGGACACAAACCUUCUAAAGAUGAAACCCAAUGUGGGAUAAAAAUGAAUUAACAGCCUAUUGGGACACACUCUGUGUACUGAGCUAUUCCUGUGGAAAUAAUAUUGGCUCACUUUGUGCCGUUAUAGUGUUUUUGUUUUCGUUUUACUGUGAACUAAUUUUAAUAAAUCUUUAUUAAAUGUC